CGUGACCUUGUUGUUUAGAAGGGAAGUGUAUUUUGAGAAGAUGAAAAAACAACUAUUCAACAGUUUAGGGCCUGGCUGCUUUUUUAAACAUUUUCCUCCCUAAAGUAGAUUAACACAGUUCUGAAAGUUAAAAGUACUAUGGCGUAAAUAUAUGAAAGUGGGCAGAUGUGAUGAAUGUGCCAAAUACAAUUUAUCCUUUGAGUAAAGCUUGCAGUUUUCUUGCAGUCAAUUACUAUGAAGAGAUUUCUAGUGUUUUUGAGGACUAUCUCUCUGAAGUUCUAAUACCUGAGAAUUCUAGUCUUUUGAAUGAGGAAAGUUCUCUUCUGCUAAAUACUGAUGAUUUUUAUAGGUAUCCGUGGCAAAAAGUUCCGUAUGAUGAAGAAUUUAUUGUAAAGCUUGUCCAAGAAGCAAGAGAAUCGAUCUCAGAAAUCUGCAAAAAUACUGUCUUAUCUGAGGGAGAGUUUAAAUUAGAUUUUGAUGAGGAUAUCAAUUUGAAAUCAGAAGAUCUUGCUGAAGAAGAAACUGUGUGGGAAGAGAAGAGUCUAAAUAAUUUCAAUCUUGAUACUUUAUUAGAAGAAUUUCAACUAUUAGAGGAACUACCUAUCUCAAAUUCCUUGCUUAAAUCUAGCCCUCGAAAUCCAUCUGUUUUAAUUCUCAGAGAAGAAUUACCUUUCAUUGAAUAUGAAGAUAUGUUUAAGGAAGAAUAUGCAAUAUCAUUUGAGACUACUGCUGCUUUCACAGAUUGGAACCCAUUUGAAGUGUUGGAAAACUCUGCUACAGAUGAUUGUGCUCUAGAUGUUGAAGAACUUUCUUUACCAGAUUUAUCACUGAAUGAAACUGUCUGUUUGGAGCAACAAACUGAGCAUGAGGUAAACUUGGAAACAAAUUAUUCUUCUAAAGAAUCAAAUUCAGAAGCAAUUUCUUCUGAUGAUCAUGCCAGUUUUUAUUUACUUUAUGAAAGAAAGAGAAAUGCAAAUUUAAAAGAAAAUAUGUUAUUUGAUAAUUCUAGAAGUGCAAAAAUUGAUCCUAGUGCAUUAAAAGUACAUAAAUUAGCUGAAAAAAAUUUUUUUCUGUGUCCUGAUAUUGAACAUGAUAUGCAAAGCUUUGAUAUGUGUGAUGAAAAAUCUUUGUGGAACAAUGAUGAACAACUUCCUCUACAUCAAGAUAUAUUUUUGGAAAACUGUUUAUCUGAAAAAGAGAAAUUUUUAAAUGAACAAGAAAAUGCUGAUAAUAUUGCAACACUUUUUAAUGUACUAGAAGAAAGUGGAUGUCAUGAGAACAAUAGGAGGACCUUUAGUGAUUCAGUUCCAAGAAGUGAUACUGGAAAUAAAAUUGGAAAUAUGAAAGAACUUUGUAUUGAACAAGAAACAGACAAUAAUGUUAAGUGCUACAAAGAUAUGUCUCCUAACAAAACAUCAUUAUGCUCAAAUAAUUUUAAUGAAGAAGAAGCUCUUUCAGAAGAUACAGAUAUUGAUAAAUUUUUUAAUAGCAUUUUACAAAACUCUGCAAAAACUCUUUCACCAUAUGAUAAAAUUACUGAUUUUGAUCAGUACACUGAUUUGCAUCAUCCAAGGAUUAGUAAUAAUAUAUGUGCUAGGCCAUCAUUGAUUUUAGAAGAAAGUACUGGAAGCAAAAAUUUUGAAGACAUAAAACGUGAAGAUACUCAAGAGAUCACAAAUUUAAAUAAAAAGCUAUUUUUGGAAAAGUUAUCUGGGCUGUCCUGGGAUAAAAAAAUUGAACCUAUGAAACCUAAGAAUGAUCAUGAUAAUAUUGAGAAUAUAAAUGAAAGUAAAAUGUCAAUUGCAUACAAGGACAAAAAGCCGUUAAAUUUCCAGAACACCAGAAAGCAAAGCCUGAGUGAAAUGGCCUCUUUUUCACAGAAUUCCUGCUCAUUGAAGCUGUCUAAUUCUAUGGAUAUGCUCUCUGCAUUUUUGCUUUCCAAAAAAAGCAGAAAAUCGCAAAAGUCAGAUAAUGCUGAUGCUUCUUCUGGAUCUUCAGACUUUGGCAUAUCUGUAACCUUUCCACAAGAUGCUACUAAUUGUGUGCUUAGUAAAGAUCUUACUUAUUUGCAACCAAAUUCCAGUAAUGAAGCAUUGUGUGCUAUGCCAGAAAUUUAUGUUCAGGACUUGCAUGUAACAUUACCUGAUGAAUAUAUGAAAAUUGUUUUAUUAUAUGAAACAUCUGCAGUUCCCUUCAUUCAAAAGCUGUUGCUUUCAAAUAAAUUUCCAGUUUCUUUAAAUUUUAUGUUAACUGACAUUCCAUCGUAUACAACUUGCUUUUUACUAAACCAGGAAGUCAAGCAGUGCCAAGAUAAAAUUAUUAAUCCAGUUUCAGAAGGUAGAGGUGACAAUUUCUACAUCCCUCUGUUAUGUCUGCAUGGUAUUUUAAAGUCAAUGGAGUACUUUAUUCAAUUUGAUCCUGAACUAGCUGUAACAUGUUUGGGCGAUUUUGAGAAGUCUCAUAUAUCCUUGUUGAAAUGUUGGUAAACUUUAGUUAUUAUUAUCAGUAUAAUUAUAAUAUUAAGCUUAUUUAUUUAAACCCAUUUUCAUACCAAAUCUCUCUUUUUUUUUUUUUCUAAGUAUGGAAGUAUGCUUAGAGAUUUGUAACUUUCAUCAGACAUAAAAUAUCUGUACUUUAUUAUUCUACAAGUUGGUGUUAACACUGCAGAAAUUGACUGCAUCAAAUCUAACUUUGCAUAUACUUUGUGUUAUGAGAUAAUGAUGCACUCAAGGUACUUUAGGCUAUUCAUCAUGAACUCAAAAGUUUUUGUCUUAAAAAAGAUGUCUUUGUGAAACGAUUUAAAAUAAUCUGAUUUGUAUUAUUGCUCUGCAUAGAUGAUACAAAUCUGUUUAUUUGGCAUUAAACUACCAACAUUCCUGUAUGUCAAGCCUCAUAUAUAAAUGGAAAUAAUAAAGUCAGGGCUGCUGCAACUGGUGUACUGAAAACGUUUUUCCAGUAUAGUUCAGUUCCAUUUCAUCAUAAAAAGUGUGUACAUGACAA